UAUAUAAUAAAAACUUAACUGCUCAACUCAUCCUGGUUUCUCCUCGUGAGCCAAGGCGGUGCACGGGUUCUUUCCAAAGACACGUUAACGUUUGUAUUCAGUAAUAUCUGACAGUUGCUCUGUCUCUUUUUAGUUUUAGCGAGUUACAUUUCCAAAAUACUAUAGCCAUGGCUGGAAAAGUUGUGCUGCACUACUUCAAUGGGAGAGGGAAAAUGGAGUCAAUCCGCUGGCUUUUGACAGUUGCAGAGGUUGAGUUUGAUGAGGUGUAUCUGUCAACUCGUGAGCAGUAUCAGAAACUCCUAAGUGAUGGAGCCCUCAUGUUUCAACAGGUUCCCAUGGUUGAAAUUGAUGGCAUGAAGCUUGUUCAGACAAAGGCAAUCUUGAAUUACAUUGCAGAGAAGUACAACCUUCAUGGAAAAGACCUCAAAGACCGUGUCAUGAUCAAUAUAUACUCAGAGGGAGUGAUGGAUCUCAUGGAAAUGAUCAUGAUGUUGCCCUUCAGCCCAGAUCCAAAAGAAAAACUGGAUACUAUUCAAACUAAAGCAAAAGAUCGCUACCUUCCUGUGUUUGAAAAGGCGCUGUCUGGGCAAAUAUACCUGGUUGGAGGUAAACUAAGUUGUGCAGACGUGCAGCUGCUUGAAUGCACCCUGAUGUUGGAGGAGAAAUUUACUGGAAUCCUCUCUGAGUUUCCCAACGUCAAGUCUUUCCAGGGCAGGAUGAUCCAGAUUCCUGCCAUCAACAGGUUCCUGCAGCCAGGCAGCAAGAGGAAGCAGCAGCCAGAUGAAACCUACACGAAGACCAUCGAGGAGGUGUUCAACAUCAAAUUACCACGGCCAUGAACUCUGUAAAAGAUCUGGCACAUUCCUCACGUAGGCAGUGAAUGAUUUAUUAUGCAAGCGUAACAUGUACGGCAUGCGGAUCAAUUAUAUUCCCUAGUUUAUGCUGAGAUGACUACUGCACUGUCCAUCACAAAAUAACUAAUCUAUUUAGCAUGAAAGGAAUCUGUAAUCUUUCAUAACAUUAUAAGGGUGUUUUAAUGUGAAGGUUCUACUAAAUAAAUUGUUUAUUUUUGAGGAA